AUGGAGGAAGAAGAAGAUGAAGUGGUUUGGUGUUCUUCUGAUUCGGGCGAUGACGAGGAUAAUAUCGAAGAACGGAAAUCUCAGAACGUGGAUGCCCUGGUGAGGGGCAACCUCGUCGUGAAGAGACAAUCGUUGCUACCCCGACUUCUAUCAGUAUCGCAAGGGGCGGCUGUUUGUAGAAAACCCUUUAAACCUCCAUCCUGCAAAUCUCAUGCUUCCACUUACAAUCAAGACCUUACUCGUAGGCUUUCCGCUCGCAAAAGGUUUGUUCCCUGGGGUUCUUCCUCUCCUAUUCCUAGACCCGCGUUCCCCGACUCCAAAUUCAUUGCACCAGUAAUUGAGAAUGUUGAUGUUCCUGUUUCUGAGGAGCUGAAACCAUCUUUGCCCCCCGGUAUCGACCCUCUAGUACUUUGGCACCCUCGAGACUCCCAGGAUGAUCCUUCUAAUGCUAAUUUCACCACCAUAACUGUCGACCCUUUGCUUGUUCGUUACCUUCGUCCCCAUCAGAGAGAAGGGGUUCAGUUCAUGUUUGAUUGUGUCUCAGGGCUGUCUAGCACACCAAAUAUACAUGGAUGCAUUUUGGCAGAUGAUAUGGGGUACCUUCUUUCUUUGAAAUCUUGUCAUGGUUACGGGUUUGAUGGCAGUCCAUUGGUUCGAAAGUCCAUCAUAGUGACUCCUACCAGCCUUGUCAGCAAUUGGGAAGCUGAAAUCAAAAAGUGGGUUGGCGAAAGAGUUCGUCUUGUUGCUCUGUGUGAAAGCACAAGAGAAGAUGUUGUCUCUGGGAUUGACAGUUUUACAAGUCCCCAAAGCAAUUUACAGGUGCUCAUUGUUUCAUAUGAAACAUUCCGACUGCAUUCUUCAAAGUUUAGCUCUAGUGACUCAUGUGACCUGCUCAUAUGUGACGAGGCUCACAGAUUGAAAAAUGAUCAGACAAUAACAAAUCGGGCAUUGGCAGCUCUCCCCUGCAAACGUAGAAUUUUAUUGUCUGGAACUCCCUUACAAAAUGAUUUAGAAGAAUUCUUUGCAAUGGUUAAUUUUACCAAUCCUGGAAUAUUGGGCGGUAUUGCACAUUUUCGACGUUACUAUGAGGCACCUAUUAUUUGUGGAAGAGAACCUGCUGCCACUGCAGAAGAGAAGAAAUUAGGUGCUGAACGCUCUGCUGAAUUAAGUAUCAAUGUUAAUCAGUUCAUAUUAAGAAGGACUAAUGCAUUGUUAUCAAAUCACUUGCCACCAAAGGUUAAGCGAGCAAUUACUGAAGAACUGAAGCAAUCAAAGAUUUUGGCCUACAUAACAGCUCUUAAAAAGUUGUGCAAUCAUCCUAAGCUUAUUUAUGAUACCAUACGAAGUGGAAGCCCAGGGACUUCGGGUUUUGAGGACUGUAUCCGAUUCUUCCCACAUGAAAUGUUAUCUGGAAGGUCUGGCACCUGGACCGGAGGGCAUGGAGCAUGGGUUGAACUAUCCGGGAAAAUGCAUGUCUUGGCAAGAUUACUUGCUCAUUUACGUCAUAGAACAAAUGACCGCAUUGUCCUGGUCUCAAACUACACUCAGACUCUUGAUCUUUUUGCUCAAUUGUGUCGGGAACGAAGGUACCCUCAUUUGAGGCUUGAUGGCUCCACAUCAAUUAGUAAAAGGCAGAAGUUGGUCAACUGCUUUAAUGAUACAUCAAAGGAUGAAUUUGUUUUUCUCUUAAGCAGCAAGGCUGGUGGUUGUGGUCUCAAUUUGAUUGGUGGAAAUCGACUUGUCUUGUUUGAUCCUGAUUGGAAUCCAGCAAAUGAUAAACAAGCUGCAGCAAGAGUAUGGAGGGAUGGACAGAAGAAAAGAGUUUACAUUUAUAGAUUUUUGAGUGCUGGAACAAUAGAAGAAAAGGUUUACCAGCGUCAGAUGUCAAAAGAAGGGCUGCAAAAGGUCAUUCAGCAGGAGCAAACUGAUAGCCUUGUGGCACAGGGUAACUUUCUUUCAACCGAGGAUCUUCGUGAUUUGUUUACAUUUCAUGAGAACAUCAAGUCAGAUAUUCAUGAAAAGAUGCAAUGUAAUCGGUGUCAAACACACGGUGGCCCUCGAAGCACUGACGCCCAAUUAACAUCAGAUAGUGAACCUGGUGAAGAAACCUCUGAUAUAGGUGGAUUUGCAGAAAUUGCUGGCUGCUUACAGAAUUUAAAAAGAUCAGAAAAGCAGGUAGGGAGCCCAUUGGAAGAAGAUUUAGGAAGUUGGGGCCAUCAUUUUUUCCCAAUUUCUGUGCCAGAUGCUAUCCUUCAGGCUUCAGCAGGUGAUGAGGUGACUUUUGUCUUCACAAACCAAGUCAAUGGAAAAUUGGUACCCAUCGAGUCUAUCAUCAGUUCAAAGCUACAGCAAAAGGAACCAAAUAAGGAAUUACUCAAAUCAAAGCCCACUCCUUUAUAUAACAGAUUACCCCUGCAGUCUGCUUCUGGUGUUGCUAGUGUGUCGUCAUCAUCCACUCCCAAUACCAACAUCACCACAAAUGUGGCAUUUGAUACUGACUACUCUCUUGUUAGUAAAGUAUUACCACAGAAAAGAUCAUGUCCUGCUAAUAUCAAUAAUUUUGAGUAA